AAUUCAAUCCAUUCAUCCCAAUCUUCAUCAUACGGUUGCCAAAAAACGAGGAAAAUUUUCAGGCAGUGUUGCAAUCUAGAGAGAGACCGAUGGAAGUCACAAGUGUUCUACGCAUGAAUGACCAUUCUCAUCGAACAGUUGCCAGAAAAGGAAUUUUCAGGCAGUGUUGCAGUUUAGAGAGAGAGAGUCCGAUGGAAGUCGCAACUGCUCUGCGCAUGAAUGUGGUUGCCGAAAGAAGAAUUUUCAGGCAGUGUUGCAGUCUAGAGAAAGAGGGACCGAUGGAUGUCGCAAAUGUUCUACGCAUGAAUGAAGGUACAGGGAAGAUGAGCUAUGCACAAAAUUCAUGGCUUCAAAAACAUGGAAUAGAGGUGAUUAAGCCUAUAACCGAGGAGGCAGUGAUGAAUAUGCUCUCUACCCAUUUCCCUGAGAGAUUGGGAAUUGCUGAUCUCGGCUGUUCUUCUGGCCCUAACACAUUCUCAGCCUUAACCAUCAUUAUCGAAGCGGUGUGCACCAAAUAUGAGCAGGUAUCUUUGCCGAUGCCGGAGUUUCUAUUGUACCUUAAUGACCUGCCUGGAAAUGACUUCAACUCAAUAUUUAGAUCACUCCCUUCAUUCUAUGAGAUGAUGAAAGAGACAGGAGUUCCAGAGUCUUGCUUUGUGGCUGCCGUUGCCAGUUCUUUCUAUUGUAGAAGCUUUCCAUCAAACAGUUUACAUUUUGUUCAUUCUUCUUACAGUCUGCAUUGGCUAUCACAAGUUCCUCCUGCCCUCUAUGAUGAGUAUGGAAAGUCCCUUAACAAAGGCAAUGUAUACAUUACUGAAGACAGCCCAGCAAGUGUAACAUAUGCCUUUCUUCAACAAUUCCGGAACGACUUUUCUCGAUUUCUCAAGUUUCGUUCACAAGAGGUGGUCAGAGACGGGUGCAUGGUGUUAAUGUUUUAUGGUCGAAGGACAAAGCAGGCAGUUGAUGAAGAGAGUGGCGUUUUAUGGACUACUUUGAGUCAAGCUAUAAAGAAUCUGGUUUCUAAGGGAUUUAUAGAAGAUGAGAAGCUGGAUUCUUUUGAUCUGCCAUACUAUGAACCAUCUGCAGAAGAAGUUGAAGAAGAGCUGAAGAGAGAAGGCUCAUUUACAAUUUUGCAUUUCGAACAAAAGCCCAUAGCUCCAUGGGAAGCCAACAAGAAUGCAAAAAACUUAGCAUUGAUAACGAGAGCUGCGGUAGAGCCAUUAAUGAAAUAUCAUUUUGGAGAGGAAGUCAUGGACAUGAUAUUUGAAGAAUAUACUGAACUUAUGCAAUUGGAUUUCGAUGAAGGGAAAAAGAAGCUGAUUCAUUUUGUUCUUGUCUUAAAAAGAUCAAAUUGAACACACUUCGAUGCAUCGUCCACCAAACGAUCCCUUAAGUUUGACGUGUCAAUUCGUAGAGAGCUUGUUCCACUGUUUAUGUACUUUAUAUUUUGAUGUCUAUUUGUGUUGAGCUUGUUCUAUCGUUCAUUUAUGUCUAUUUUACCUAUUCAAUCUCACUUUUUUUGUAAGUUUCCAUAAA